AGGCGAGUGGGAGUUUACAAGGGAGCGGCACAGCGUCGAGGCGCAACCCCGGUGAGGUUGCUGGAAGCGAGGUCGGUUCCGCAGCAGCAGGCCGGGAGAAGAGCGCCGUCCCCGCGUGGCGGGCUCGGGCCAUGGAGGGACGCCACUCGCCAAGUCCACCGUCGCUGCUCCUUCUGCUCUUGGCGGCCCUCGCUGGAGCCCUGCAGUUGGCGCGCGCGCAGCCGUCCAAAGUGUCGCGCGGAGUGGCGGUGCCUUUCGUCUUCGACCCGCGCGCCGUUUGCAGCCCGCCUUGCCAGCACGGGGGCUUGUGCAUCAGGAACGCCACCUGCUUCUGCGGCAAGGGCUACGAGGGCGAGCGCUGCCAGUACGCAACUUGUUAUCCAAAAUGUAAAAAUGGCGGGAAGUGUCUCAGACCUGGAAAAUGCAGGUGUCAGCCUGGCUACGGUGGAAGGUACUGUCAUAAAGUAAGCUGUGAAGGAGGAUGUCUGAAUGGCGGGGAGUGCAUUUCUGUCAAUGGGAUGGUAAAGUGCAUUUGUGCUUCAGGAUGGACAAGUUCAAGAUGCCAAGAAGCAAUUUGCCCUCAAGGAUGUCAGAAUGGAGGUGCUUGUCUGGCUCCUGGAAUCUGCAGCUGUGCAGCCGGCUGGGUUGGUGGGGCAUGUCAUUUAGCACUGUGUAGACUCCCUUGUCACCAUGGAGGCAAAUGUAUUGCUCCAGAUGUGUGCAGAUGCCGUUCACCAUAUUCUGGUCUACAGUGCACCAAGAAAAUAAAAGCAUGAAAUCACCUGCUUGGGAGAUGAAUGCUAUUAUUUUAAUGAAUGAACUUUGGGAGAAGAAUUUUUGCCUUGUCAUAAUUGAUUCCUGAAUAGUUUUUUUAAAAAAAUCUGAUUAUAUAUCUAAUGGAAGCUCUCCUAUAUUAAAGGGCCAUUUAAAAAUAUACUUCAGACUAUAUCAAGCUAUUUGAAUGUAUUUCAAAAUAUAUGUAUGAAAAAGAAUCUGGAUGCAUGGUUUUCUGUUGUCUCGUAUUAGCACAUUUAACAUUGAAUAUUUUAUUUUAAUAAAGCAUUUUUCACAAAUA